UCGUCAAUAGCGGAACACUCAACACAUCGAUACCAAUCGAUAGUCUUACUCCUCGAAACUCCACGCAUCGAUGCGAACAGGCAAUCGGCGUUUUUCCAUCUCCGGCGCAAAGGGAUUCGGUUCUAAAGAACGAACUUUUCAGCGGAGCUUUCGGCAAAAGGAGUAAUUGCAAACAAAUAAAAUACAAAUAGAGACCAACAAGUAGACGACGACGACGACGACGACUCAACGAUGGGCAACAUACACACGACGGGUCCCAAUGAGGCGUUAAUUGUUUCAGGUGGCUGCUGUGGAUCGACCAAGAAGCGCACGAUUGUGGGCGGCUGGGCGUGGGCGUGGUGGCUGGUGACCGAUGUCCAGCGACUGUCCCUCAAUGUGAUGACCCUGAAUCCGAUGUGCGAGAACGUGGAGACGUCUCAGGGUGUUCCCCUAACGGUGACCGGAGUGGCCCAAUGCAAGAUCAUGAAGCCUAGCAAGUGCUCUCAAUCUGACCACCGCCAAAUGAUGAAUGUUUAUUAUUUCCACCAUCAGGCCGACGAGCUUCUAGGCACCGCCAGUGAGCAGUUCCUCGGAAAGAGCGUCAAGGAGAUCAAGCAGACGAUCCUGCAGACCCUCGAAGGACAUCUGAGAGCCAUAUUGGGAACGCUUACAGUAGAAGAGGUAUACAAGGACCGCGACCAGUUCGCUGCCUUGGUGCGCGAGGUGGCCGCACCGGACGUGGGUCGCAUGGGCAUCGAGAUCCUAUCGUUCACCAUCAAGGACGUCUACGAUGAUGUGCAGUAUCUGGCCUCGUUGGGCAAGGCCCAGACCGCUGUGGUCAAGCGGGAUGCCGAUGCCGGCGUGGCGGAGGCCAAUCGAGAUGCCGGUAUACGUGAGGCGGAGUGCGAGAAGAGCGCCAUGGAUGUGAAAUAUUCGACGGACACAAAGAUCGAGGACAACACCAGGAUGUACAAGCUGCAGAAGGCCAAUUUCGAUCAGGAGAUCAAUACGGCCAAGGCCGAAUCGCAGCUGGCCUACGAACUGCAGGCGGCCAAGAUACGCCAGCGCAUCCGUAACGAGGAGAUCCAAAUCGAGGUGGUGGAGCGACGCAAGCAGAUCGAGAUCGAGUCGCAGGAAGUGCAGCGCAAGGAUCGCGAGCUCACUGGCACAGUCAAGCUGCCCGCCGAGGCCGAGGCCUUCCGCCUCCAGACCCUCGCGCAGGCCAAGCAAUGCCAGACCAUCGAGGGUGCCCGUGCCGAGGCGGAGCGCAUCCGUAAGAUCGGAUCGGCGGAGGCCCAUGCCAUCGAGUUGGUGGGCAAGGCGGAGGCGGAACGCAUGCGGAUGAAGGCCCACGUGUACAAGCAGUACGGCGAUGCUGCAAUCAUGAACAUUGUGCUCGAGUCGCUGCCCAAGAUUGCCGCUGAAGUGGCUGCACCACUGGCCAAGACCGAUGAGAUUGUCCUGAUUGGCGGCAAUGAUAAUAUAACCAAUGACGUGACCCGCUUGGUGGCCCAGCUACCGCCAUCAAUCAACGCCCUUACCGGAGUGGAUCUGUCCAAGGUUUUGUCCAAGAUUCCGGGGGCCAAGGCGUGAAACCUAAUGGAAUGGGAUAUCCAGGAAAUGGCAAUGACAACGUAACGCAGCGCAAAGGAAUUGUAACCGAUACAAAAACAAAAACAAACAAAAAAAAAACAGAAACAGAAAAGGAUAGACAACCAAAUUGAGAAAGAGACGGCAGAAAGCGAAAAAACAAGAUGGCGAUAGUUUGCUAGAGAGGGAGCGUGCAUUUGUUAGAGAGAGAAAGAGGGGAAACAGCGGAAGGAACUUGAUAGAAACUCAAGUUUCGAAAUGAAAUCGAACGUAGCUAAAUGUACUCCGAUAUUAUAUUUAUAUAUAUACAUAUACUAUAUAUAUAUAUAUAUUUGUAUAUGUACAUGCACACAUGCAAUACACACAUACACUUGUCUCGUCUGUGUGGUGUGCCAGUGUGUGUGUGUGAUGUUUGGCGGCGUAACAAUCAAAAAAUAGAACACAACACAAAAAAAACCAACGUUAAUCUCAGCUAAAGUUAUGCAUUUCGUACGCAACAUUUUGUGGCCUUUCCUCUCGAAAACGAAAACCGAUAACGAUAACAAGAAAUCAACGUGAAAUUUGUAUAACUUUAAAACGAAAACCAUUUAAGCAGAGUGUUAGCUAUUUAUUUACUAUGCUAUAUAUACUAUAUACAUGCAGACUUGCUAUACACAAAAAGAGUUCUUUAAAUAAACACAUACCAGACAGUGUUGUACAGGCAUAUAUGUAUGCAUCAUUUUACAGUGUUGUAGAGAUCUGUAUAAGUAGUCUCUCUCCAUCUCUUUCUUAUACAUUUCUAUCUGCUAAUGGAUUUUUCAUCUGUCCAAACUACAACUACUGCCUAUCGACUAAAGCCAAAACUUUAAGCUAGUAAGCCAAAUGGAAAGAGAGGGAGAGUGCUCUUUGAGGCCACAGAUCGAGUUACUAAACACAAAAAGCUUACAUACUUCCAGGCACAUUAAAUAUAAUUACCAUUCAUUUAUUUUUUUUUUGUACUAACUGAUUAUUUUGUUGUUUGUUUUCUUUUGAAUAUUGUUACACGAUUAGUUUUUACCGAAACGUGCCAUAUAGGGCACAAAUUUAAAUACGUUGACCAAUUCUUCCCGUUUUAUAUUUAUUUAUAUUUGAUUAUUUUACCAAAUCAAGUUGUGCUCGAUCAAUUGAUAUGUCAUAUUGCGAAAUAGUCGUAUAUUACUUUACAACACUGUUUUUCGGCAAUUUGCGCUCUUCCAAACCCCACACACACACGCACACUAACCAACACACUUGCGUUUGAAUUUUUAUAUUAAUUUCAGUGCACAAAAAGAAAUCAAGCCUAAUUUCUUGUUAUACAAAGCGUUUAUGUAAUUACGUUUGUCUCGUUUAAUCAUUUUUCAAUGUUUAUUAUUUAUGUAACAACACAUAUUGAACUACGAAUAUGCAUUUACGAUUUUGUACUUUAUUCUUACACAUUUUUUAGUUUAUAGCAAAAAGAGAAAAAACAAAUAAAGAAAAACUUUUAAAAAAAGGUCACUAAUUUUGUUAUUUACUAAAGUCUAACUGGAAUUAAAUAGUUAAGCAAUUAAUUCAAAUCGUUCAUUUUAAUAGAGUAAU